AUGGCCAAGGUCAAGCUCUACGCAUGUCCGCCAUCAGACUCGCCUGCUGGAAGGGACUACGACUGGGCUCCCACAGGUAUGUCGGGUGUACUCGUCAUCUCGGCCGAUGCGGUUGACGACGAUGACGACGACUCAUCGUCGUCUUCAUCAUCAUACUCGGACUCCGGCUCGUCAGCGUCGGCAACAUCAAGCUCAAGCUCGUCGCUCUCGUCACCAAUGGAUGAACCCGGCGCAGAGGGUGCGUACAAGUUUGUGCUUGUCAACCUUCGUCGCCACUUUUACGAGCGCGUCCGCGCUUCCGAAAACGCCUCCUACGGCCACCUGCACGGCUUCAAGCAGCAGACCUCGGAGCGGAUGGCCCAGCUUGGCCCGGUCAUCCUCUUUGACAUCGAGCUCGAGGCUCCCUUCGAGUACUCGUCGUUUGGCCAGGACUUUCACGUCUACGACCCGCUUGGCUCCUCGCCGGUCUACGGCCUGCUCUUUGCACACACCGACGACGCCCGCACAUGGCUCGCCCUCCUCGCAAACCUGGCAGACACCGCAUUCGCCCCGCCGCCGCCCUCGCCGCCGCCCAACCUUGCCCUCGAGCAGCCACACUCGCCCCUGCUCCCGCCCACCCCGCCGCUAGUCCUCCCCGACUCGCCUGCUGGAGCGCUGACGCUCUCGCUCGCCGGUCCCGACUCGCCGCUCCCGCACCUCGCCCGCUCCCAAUCCGGCUCGGUCACCGUCGCCGCCGAGGACUCGUUCUCCAUGGCCUCCAUGCUUGCUCCAUCGCCGCUGGAAGAGCUCUUUCCAGCCUCGCGCGACUCGGAAGCCCUCCACGCCCUCGUCUUUGACCGCUCGCGCUGGAGCCGCCGCCGUGCAGCCGCUGCCGCCUCCCUCUCAGCCCCUUCGACCUCGGCUGCGGGCGGCAAGUACGGCCGCGGCACUGCGCCAGAAUGGAUCCUCCGCCACCCCGAGUGGCGCAAGUUCUACAACUCUAUGGGCAUCACCCAGGAGGAGAUGAACGAUCCGGUCAUCGGUGCCAUGCUUGUCGACCAGACCAUGGACUACAUCAGGGUCAAGGCAGUCGCCGCCGACGCCGCCGCUGCCGCAAACAAGCUUGGCAUGCGCCGCCGCCAGCUCGCCGCCCCUCCCACUCCGCCGCCACCGUCCCCGGUCUCGCCGAGCCUACCCUCCCUCCCGCCGCGCCGUGUCCCGCCGCGCGCAGACGUCGACCUCCACAGGGAGCCCGCCCCGCCGCUGCCGGCCUCGCCCUCGGCCCGCUCAGCAUCCAAGACCCUCCCGCGCAAGUUCCGCUUCUCACUCCAUCGCCGCAACACGCUCUCCAACGCAGAAGAAUUUCGUGCACGCAGCAAGGCCGACUCGCUCGCCACCGACGCCUCAGCGCUCAACAGGUCGACUUCGUCGGUCGCCUCGUCGCUUGCUGCCAUGACCACGCCACCGCGCCUCUCUCUUGCCCCGCGCGCCCUCCUCCGCUCCUCUGAAGAACUACAUUCGGACUCGCGUGAGCUGCAGGCUCGCAUCGCUUCGCCGCCAAGACUUCCAGGCCGCUUGCGGUCCCUGGCCUCAUCGCCGUCGUCAAUGACGGACCUCACCGUCAUCGUCGAGUCGGGUUCUGCCUCCGGCGACGCCGCAAACGACGACUCUCCCCGUCACCGACGUGCCCUUUCGGCAGGCGUUGACAAUCUCUCGCCCACAGCCGCCUCCCCGCAACCGCCUCCGCCUUCUGAGGCACCUGACACCCUCGUCCACGCCUUUUCCGAGCCGUGCUUUACCGAUGAUGAUGAAGACGAUGCUGCCGUCGCUGCCGGCCAGACUCGCCGUGACAGAGAUCGAAGUCCGACAGCCAGUUCUUCUCAGGCUCUGCCGCCGCCGCCCGCCGAAGCCAAGCCUGCCGACGACAUUCUGCCGGUCUCUGCCAUGUCAGAGGCCGACGCAGAGUCGCUCCGUCACCUCAUGGAGCUGGAAAUCCGCACAGCCCGCGAGCUCAAGGCCCGCCUCGGCUCGCCACUGGUUCGUGGCGACCGUGUCUUUGUUCGCCAGCCGCACCAACAGCGCGUCCGCAUGCCGUCGCCGCUCUCUCCAGCCCGCGCCCUUGCCGUUGCUGCCUCCAAUGCCUCGGGCUCGGCCUCUCUUCCAACCACCCCGCAGGCCUCGGCACGCACAGGCUCGUCAGCCGCUGCGCUCCUCGGCUCGUCACCGCCCUCCGCCGCCUCACCCGCUCCAACCCGGCUUCGCGCCCGGCGCGAGCGGACGCAGUCGGAUCCGGUCCGCCCAGCCUGGCUCACCUCGCCGUCGGGCCCAGCUCCGCAAGCCUCACCCCUCAUCGCCACCGUCGCGUCCAAGCCAGCCUACCCCUCGCCGCCAUCUACGCCAUCUACUGUCUCUUCGGUCUCGCGCUCCCGCUCGCCGUCUGGCACUUCGCGCCUUUUCAUCGGCUCGCCGCAGCUUCCAGACCCGGCCCAGCUCGCCUACCUCCCGCACAUCCGCCUUAAGGUUGUCCGCGGCCAAGACCGCAAGCUCCUUACUGUCGCCCGCACCGUCCAGCUCGCUGAGCUCUUCGCCAAACUCGGUGCAGAGUACGCCACCGUCAUUCAAGAGUUCAAGUUCAAGGACGCCGAGGGCGACAUGAUCACCGUCCGCUCCUCAUCAGACCUGCAGGAGGCUUUCCAUGAGUACGACUUGCAAGCCCAAGCCAACCCGUCCCUCACUUCGUUCAAGAUCUACCUCCCGCUCGACGCCACAACCUCGCAGCAGCAGCAGCCUGCCGCCGUCCGCCUCUCCAACAUGAAGCGCUCGGUCUCGCGCGGCCAGCUCGUCGGCUCUGGCUCCGGCUCGGCCGGCUCGGGUCCCGGUGACCUCCACCGCCGCUUCUCGGCUGCACACCGCCUGGAGCGCCGCUCGGCCUCGACCUCAGACCUCUCGCUCUGGGCAGGCAAGUCGCGGUCGUCGUCGCGCGACUCACGCGGCCGCUCUGCCGUCCAGGACGGCAAGGCUCCCGUAGGCGACGAGCUUGUUUGGACCCCCGGUCGCUUGCUGGGCAAGGGCGCCUUUGGCAAGGUCAUUCUCGGCGUUAACGCUCGCGACGGCUCGCUCAUGGCUGUCAAGCAAAUGCUUGUCGAAGGCUCGCAGGAGCAGACCGCACGCAACCUCGGCGCCGUCCAAAAGGAGAUCGACAUGCUCCGCCAGCUCUCCCACAAGCACAUUGUCCAAUACAUCGGCGCCGACCUGCGUACCGAGCCGUCCAACGACGUUCAGCUCUGCAUCCUCAUGGAGUACGUGCCCGGCGGCUCGCUCGUCCAGCUCCUGCGCAAAGCCGGCGGCUCGCUCGAGGAAAACGUCGUCCGCCUCUACACCCGCCAGAUCCUCGAAGGCCUGCGCUACCUCCACGCCGAGGGCAUUGUUCACCGCGACGUCAAGGGCGCAAACAUCCUCGUCUGCAUGGAGCCGCAAGUCACUCUCAAGCUCUCAGACUUUGGUGCCUCACGCUCGCUCACCGAGCUGGCCUCGGACUCGUCAGACUGCAAGUCGCUCGUCGGUACCCCGCACUUUAUGUCGCCCGAAGUCGUCCGCCAGCAGGCUAUCACCACCCGCGCAGACAUCUGGUCACUCGGCUGCACUGUCAUUCAGAUGAUCACUGGUAAGCCACCCUGGGCCUCGUACUCGCCGCUCACCGCCCUCUUCAAGAUCGGCUCCCCAAACUCGGAAGGCCCCGUCAUCCCGCCCUACAUGUCCGCCGCAGGCCGCCGCUUUCUCGCCGAGUGCUUUCAGGUUCUCGAGCAGCGCCCAGAGGCCGAGGACCUGCUUCACCACGAGUGGAUCGUCUCAGAGUCGGGCUUCUCGCUCUUUGGCAGAGACUCGGACAGAUGCUUCUCCGACGAGUACGAGUACGCCCACACCACGACCUGCAACGAUGACCCCGCGCCCGGGCCCGACGAUGACGAUGGCUCGGCCUACUCGUACACUUCAUCGACGUAGUUAACAAGGGUCUCCACGUAGUCACUUCAUCACCACACGCCGUUGUUCAAUCCUCCAUAUCCACUGCACACAUUUCCUUCUCAUACAUCUGCGCUAUUCGCAUAACUUAG